GUAAAAAUUCGCGUUUUCCCAGGUGUCAUAGUCUCUUUUUAUUUGUUCCAUGUGAUCACCGUUUUCAUUCACAGCUGACAGUGACCAUGGAGAAAAUCGAACCGGUGCCAGAUUUUGAGUGGAUAUUCAGCGAUUCUGAUUUAUGUUCUUUGCGUGCUGAGGAUGAAGGGGUGCUUAGUGAUUUUGACGAAAGCCUGAUGGAACGAUGGCAUAAAUCCUUGUCGAAGAAUGUUCUCAGGUUUCGCCCGCCUGGUUCUCAUGCUUGGAAGAAUCUCGGUUCGCAAUAUGGUUUUUAUGUAAUGCUCAAUCCGGGGCGAAUGAUGAAUCGUCGCACGCCAAAAAUAUUUCAGACUACUAAAGAUCCUCUCGAUCCAAACGAAUUCAACUUCAACAAGAUAAAAUCGGAUGAAGUAUUGAUGACGUUAGUUUACCGCAAAGCAGAAAAAGCGACCAUCCUCGUGAACUUGAGUCCGUUCGUUAUAAGUAGCUCCUUAUUGGUUCCUUCGCUACCGAAACUUCUCCCGCAAGUUUUGAAUGAGGAAGCGAUAGACGCUGCGCUCACUGUCCUGCAUCUCAGUCGAGCACCAAAUCUUCGCAUAGCGUACAAUUCAAUGUGCGCUUACGCUUCUGUGAAUCACCUUCAUUUUCACAUGUUUUACGAUGACAUGCCUUCCUACCUGGGGAAUGUUGUUCUUAAACGAUUAACGAAUGAUUGCUACGUCUUGGAGGAAUAUCCUGCUCCGGCCUUCGUUUUCAUUUCUGAAGGAACACAAAUCCAAUCCACGGUCCAAUACAUCAUGGUAUUGGUCAGAUGGCUUCUCGAAAAUGAUAUUGCUCACAAUGUUUUCAUCACGCGAGGGUCAAAUCCGAAUGGGAGCGACGAACUUGUUGGUCGUUGUUACGUGUGGGCGAGGGAAUCUUACUUCGGAAGUAAAGAAGGAGCGAGAUUUUUUCCGGCUGUGCUUGAACUCGCUGGACGAAUUAUUGUUUAUGAGGAAAGCGUUUUUCAGUCGAUCACCGAAGAAGAAAUAGCAGCGAGGCUCGCAGAAGUUGUGUCACCCAUCUUUGGAAGGAUACGUGAUCAUAUUGCGUCCGUAUUUGAGAAAUUACAAGUGUCUUCACAGCGUUGA